AGAUAGAGUAGGUGGCUAAUUCUUGAUCAUAGCAAAAACUCAACAAAUCAUCUAUCUCUUUGUUUACAAAUACAAACAACAUCGAUCUAGCCGUCUGUUUGAGCUUAGUUUUUCAGACCAGACUGAUUCAAUUCAAUGGCUUCGUCUUCGUCUUCGUCAAGUGUUGUACCAAUAAGAGGAAAAGGAGGAUGGACAUAUGACGUUUUUCUAAGUUUCAUGGGUGAGGACACCUGCAACUACUUUGUUGCCCAGCUUUACUCCGCUCUGGUUCAGAAUGGAAUACGCACCUUUAAAGAUGACAAAAUGUGCGGCGGAAUAGCUUACUCUCACAUGGCCCCGUAUAUCCCAGAAAUGCAAAUGAAAGCCAUAAAAGAAUCAAGGUGGGCUGUAGUUGUUUUUUCCGAAAAUUAUGCCAAGUCUUCUUGGUGUUUGGAAGAGCUUUCCUACAUCAUGGAUUGCCAUGAUCAGAAGGUGCUACCUGUGUUCUACCAUGUCUAUCCCUCUGAUGUUCGCCAACAGAAUGCAGCUUUCACAACGGUAUUCGAGAGGCGCAAAGACAAGUUGAAGGGAGGAGUGAUGGAUAAAGUGAACAAGUGGAAGAAAGCCUUGACUGCAGCUGCCAAUCUAUCUGACUAUCAUUUCUUACCAUUACAUGGAUACAUGCGUGAGUCAUCAUUUAUAAGCAAGAUCGUUGAAGAUUUAGUAUCCCACAUACUACCUCGUGGUGGUAGUAGGGAUAACCAUCUAAUUGGUAUACAACCUCGUGGUGGUAGUAGGGAUAACCAUCUAAUUGGUAUACAACCUCGUGGUGGUAGUAGGGAUAACCAUCUAAUUGGUAUACAACCUCGUAUUGAAGCCUUGAUUUCAUUAUUAAAAAUGGAAGCAACCGAAGAGGUUCACUUUGUGGGGAUAUGUGGAAUGGGAGGGAUUGGCAAGACCACUUUAGCCCGAGCCUUGUUUGAGAGAAUCGCUCAUAAGUUUGAGGGUAGUAGCUUUGUUACAAACGUUAGAGAGAAUAGCUCUAGUAAAAAGGAUAUAUGUGCCUUACAACAAAGGAUUUUAGAAGACAUUCUUGGUUCGUCUAGCGGGUUUGUGUUUUAUGAUCCAAAGGAUGGAGGGGAAGUGAUACAAAGAAGAUGUCGCAGAAAAAUGGUUCUUCUUGUUCUCGAUGACGUGAAUGAUGCCGCGCAAUUAGAGUUCCUAGCUGCAACACGUGAGUGGUUUGGUCCAGGAAGUAGAAUCAUCAUAACCACCAGGGAUCAGCAUUUGUUAUCAUAUGCUGAUGCCGACAACAACUACAGACCUGCUCUUUUAGGUACUGAUCAAGCUCUUGAGCUCUUCUGUAAACAUGCUUUUAGGAGAAGGAGCCCUCCAUAUGGGUAUAUGGAUCUCACUAAUCGUGCAAUAAACUAUACACAUCGUCUCCCUCUAGCCUUGAAAGUUUUAGGUUCUUUUUUAUGUGAAAGAGAAGCAGGUCUGUGGGAAAGUGCUUUGGAUACACUAGCGAAAAAACAAAGUGUUGAUAUUUUGGACACACUUAAGUUAAGUUUUGAUUAUCUAAAUCAUUUCGAGAAACAAAUAUUACUAGAUAUUGCAUGUUUCUAUAAGGGGGAAAAUGUAGAUGAUGUUACUAGAAUACUUGAUAGUAUUGGUUUAGACCCGGUUAUAGGGAUUAGCGUUCUUGUUGAAAAAUCUUUUAUAACCAUUUUAUCAAACAAUAGACUAGAUAUGCAUGAUGUCGUACAAGAAAUGGGUCGGGAAGUAGUUCAAGCACGUGCUCCGCAUAGCAGGCUAUGGGAACUCAAAAAGAUCCACAAUUUAAUCGGGGAGAAGAGGAAGAACCCAAAUAGUUGGCUACAGCAUCUCCAUCGCUAUCUCACCUGGAAGACUGAGAACUGGGAACAAGAAGUAAUUGAAAGCAUUGUGCUGGCACGGGAAGAAAGUAAACAGAGUUUGAGUGCUGACGCUGAUGUUUUUAAAAGCAUGAAGAAUCUUCGGGUACUCGAUUGCUACCAAAACUUCACUUAUCGUGAACCUAGUUUUCUCCCUGAUGAGUUAAGAUGGUUUCGUUGGAGAGAUUACCCAUUCUCUUCUGUGCCUAUAGCACACAUGAGUAAGCUUGUUGGGCUUCAAAUGGAGCGUGGCAAAAUUAAAUAUUUAUGGAUGGGGAAAAAGAUCAUGCUACCGAACUUGAAAUUCAUUAACCUUUAUGGGUGUGCAUCCCUAAAAAGGUUUCCAGAUGUAUCAGGGGCACCAAACAUCGAGAAUUUGAAUUUGUCUGGUUGUAGUAAUAUGGUGGAGGUUGAUGAGUCUGUUGGGAGUCUGAAAAAGCUUCUUCACUUGGACAUGAGUUUUUGCCAUAAACUCAAGCGUCUCCCAUCCAUGCUCAAGAUGGAAUCCUUAGAGACCCUCAUUCUGUCUUCUUGUGAUUCUCUCAAAGGAAUCCUAGAAUUCUCACCAUGUAUGGUCAAUCUAUCUAGAAUAGAUAUUGAUGGUUGUUCUGAAUUAGAAAAAGUAUCGUCCAUGGAAUAUCUCUCUAACCUAAGCUACUUGGAUCUUAGAUUCUGUAGUAGUCUUAACGAGAUUCCAGAUAUAUUUCAAAGCAUGGUGGGUCUGGAAGUGCUUCACAUAGACUCAAUUCAUAUCAAUGCUUUGACAGAUUUUUGUUACGUGGGAAAGUUAUAUCUUCAUGGUGAAUUGCGGGACAUUGAUUUCCCUGAAAAUCUGCAUGGGCUUCCCUUCUUGGAAGAAUUACAAAUAAGUUUCAAUAAUAAAUUAAUCCAAUUACCUAAAAGCAUCUCCCAUCUUAUUAGUCUUAAACACCUCGGAAUAUGGAAUUGUAACAGACUUGAAACUUUGCAUGGCCUUCCACUAAGAAUACAAGUAUUGAUAGUAGAAGAUUGUGAAAUAUUGGAAAAGAUUAAAGCAGACCUGUCAAAAGAGUACAAGUGUUUGAAUAAUAUACGGAUCUCAGGUUGCCCAAAACUGCUAGAAGGUGAAAAGAAUAGAAGAUACUUGGAUAAGAUGUUGGACCGUUCUUUCCUUAUCGAGAAGUGGGCUGCAGUUGAUGGUUGUUUGAUUAUCAAUAUUCCUGGAAGCAACAUUCCAAGUUGGUUCAAAGAACAAAAGGAUGGGUGCAAGAUAGCAUUAAAGUUACCUCCCAAAUGGCAAACUGAAAUCAUUGGGUUUGCUAUUUGUUGUGUUUCAACAAAAUGGUUACGAUCUCCUGGUAUAACUUUGACAUUCGAAAACAAUGAAAUGUUGUUUUCAAAGUCUGAGGCUCAUAAUAUAAAUGAAACCGAAGAAACUGAUUGGUAUGUGUGGACUGCUUAUAUACCAUAUAGUUUGUUCAAGCAGUUCCAAGGAGGCAAUGAUAAUGAUUUUGAAGGUGAAGAUUGGUUUCAUAUGACCCAAGGUAGUGUUGUCUUUGAAAUAUCAAGCUAUUUUGAAAAAGUUGUAAGGUGUGGGGUAAAAGUUGUCUACAAAGAAGAUGUGGCAUCCAUCCUACAAACGACUCACUCUAUUUCUUCUUUUUAUUGGAGCUGGAAGCUUACAAAUGAGUUCACCAAUUCAUUCAAGUGUUGGGAAGAAUCAUCAAAGUUAUGUUUGCUACCAAGACAUAUCGAAAGGGCAUAUGACGUGUUUCUAAGUUUCAGAGUUGAAGACAUUCACAACAACUUUGUAGAUCAUCUUUAUGAGGCUCUAACUCUGAAAGGAAUACAUACUUUCAAAGACAAUAUGCUCGGUGCAGGGCAACCAUUCUCAGAAGAACUUGUGAAAGCCAUCAAAGAAUCAAGGUUUGCUGUUGUUGUUUUCUCUCAAAACUAUGCCAACUCUACAAGGUGUUUGGAAGAACUUUCCAUGAUCAUGGAAUGCCGAAAUCAGAUGGGUCAGAUUGUGUUACCUGUGUUCUACCAUGUCAAUCCGUCCGAUGUUCGCAAACAGAAUGGAGAUUUCACGAUGGCCUUCAAGACGCAUGAAGACAUGAUCAAGGGAAAGAUGGAUAAAAUGAACGAGUUGAGGGAUGCUUUCAGUGCAGCUGCCAGUUUAUCUGGCUAUCAUAUCUUGCCUGACUAUGGGGAUGAAUUUGAAUUUAUAAGCAAGAUUAUUCAACAGAUAGCUGAUAUUCAAUCUCGUGGUGGUAUUAUGGAAAACAAUCUAAUUGGUAUAGAGCCUCGUAUUGAUGCAUUAAUUUCAUUACUGAAUAUGGAAGAAACAGAAGAGGUCCGCAUUGUGGGGAUAUGGGGAAUGGGAGGGAUCGGUAAGACUGCUAUUGCCCGAGCCUUGUUUAACAGAAUUGCUUUUAAGUUUGAUGGUAGUAGCUUUGUUAUGAAUGUUAGAGAGAAUAGCGCUAAUAAAAAAGCUAUAUGCGCCUUACAACAAAUGAUUUUAGAAGAUAUUUUUGGUGGGUCUUACGGGAUUCAUUAUCCAGAGGAUGGACGGAGAGAUAUACAAAGAAGAUGUUGUAGUAUAAGGGUUCUUCUUGUUCUGGAUGACGUGAAUGAUGUCAAGCAAUUAGAGUUCCUAGCUGCAACACGUGAGUGGUUUGGUCUAGGAAGUAGAAUCAUUAUAACCACAAGGGAUCAGCAUUUGCUAUCAUAUGCUAAUGCUAACAACACGUACAGACCUGCUCUGUUGCAUACAGAACAAGCUCUUAAGGUCUUCUGUAGGCAUGCUUUUCAUGAAAGUAUCCCUUCAAAAGGGUAUGAGGAGCUAUCAGAUCGUGCAAUACGCUAUUGUCGCGGUCUUCCUUUGGCCUUGAAAGUUUUAGGUUCUUUUUUAUGUGGAAAAGAAGCAAGUGUGUGGGAAGGUACUUUGGAUGGAGUAGUUAAAACUCAAAUUAGAGAGGUUUUUGAGACGCUCAAGCUAAGUUUUGAUGGGCUAGACAAUCAAGAGAAAGAAAUGUUCCUAAAUAUUGCAUGCUUUUUUAGGGGCGAAGAUAUAGAACGUGUUACUAGAAUACAUGAUUGCUUUGGUUCUCUCCCGGUUGUUGGGAUUACAAUUUUGAUUGAAAAGUCUCUUGUAAUCGUCUUGGACAAUAAACUAGAAAUGCAUGACCUCAUACAAGAAAUGGGUUGGAAUAUUGUGGAUGAGUGUUCUCCGAACAGCAGGCUAUGGAAAGUAGAAAAGGUCUACCAUUUCAUUAAGAACAGGGAACUGGAAGGUGUUAAAGCCAUAGUGCUGCCAAACAAGCAAUACAACAUUCACCAGAAGCUGCUGCAUUUUAGUGCGGAUGUUUUUGAUAGACUGAAGAGUCUCCAGCUACUUGAUGUCUCCCGGAAAUUCACUUCAUGUGAACCUACCAUUCUCCCACGUGGGUUACGAUGGAUUUCUUGGAAUCUAUAUCCAUUUUCUUCUCUGCCAUUAGCAGACAAGUGUGAACUUGUUGGGAUUGAAAUGCAUGGUGGCAAUAUUAAACAUUUAUGGACAGGGACCAAGAUUAUGCGCAACCUGAAAUACCUUCACCUUCAACGGCUGGACUACCUAACAAGGUUUCCAGAUGUCUCAAAGGCACCAUUCAUCAAAAGGCUGGUUUUGACAUAUUGUAGAAAUUUGGUGGAGGUUCACGAGUCUCUUGGAUAUCAUAAAAGGCUUAUUUACGUGGACAUGAGUGAUUGCCGGAAGCUAAAUUCUUUCCCAUCCUUAAUUCAGAUGGAUUCCUUAGAGACACUAAUUAUGUCUAGGUGCUCCAGCCUUGAACGAUUCCCAGAAGUGACGAUCCAUACAGUAAGGCUAUCAAAUAUUAUUCUUGAUGGUUGUUCUCGAAUCAAGGAACUACCUUCAUCAAUUGGAUAUCUAUGUAGUCUAAGCUGCUUGAAUCUUGCAAGAUGUAGGAGUCUUAAGAACAUUCCAAACUCUAUAUGUGAGUUAAAGUCUCUCACGAGCCUUCAUCUUGAUGACUGCAUAGAACUGCUAACAUUGCCAGAGGAGUUUGGAAGCAUAGAAAAAUUAGAAGAACUUCGGCUUGGAUUUACAGAUUCUUACAGGUCCUUACAAAGGCUACCGCAGUCUAUCAAUUUUUAUUCAUUGAAAAAUAUGUGUUCUUUGAGAAAGUUAGAUCUGAGCUGGAGACAUACCAAAAACAAAGGCUUCCCUGAAGAUCUUCAUGCAUUUUCUUUGUUGGAAGAACUAAAUCUAAGUGGCAACUUCGAAUUAACCGAGUUGCCUGCAAGCGUCUACCAUCUAUCUCAUCUCAAACACUUGGAGCUGAAUGACUGUUACAAACUUCAAAAUUUGCAUUCACUUCCACCAGGAUUACAAGUAUUGAGGGCAAGUGGUUGCAGCUCACUAGAAAUGAUUGAAGAUAUUCCAGAGAAGUAUGAGUGGUUACAUAAAAUAUGGCUUGUUGGUUGCUGGAAACUUCCGGAUCAAGAAGAUGAGUUAAAUCCCUCUAAGAUGUUGCUGCUAUCUUUUCUUAAGAAAUGUGCUGCUGUAGGUCACCGAUUAAGCAUUGCUAUACCUGGUAACAAGAUUCCAAACUGGUUUAAACAACAACGUGGCAGUGAUAUACCUAUAGAAUUGCCUCCGAGAUGGCAUUCCCGUGUCACGGGGUUUGCAGUAAGUUGUGUGUUUAAUAGAAUGUGGAAAAUCGGACGUGAUUAUCCUGUGAUUAAGUUCAGAAUUGUAAAUUAUGGAAAAUUUGUUCCAGUGUCAGACAUCUCAAAUCCUGUGUCCCAAUCACAAAUAUUAUCUGCCAAUAGGAAGAAGAUUUCACUUUCAAAACCACAGAACCGAAUGAAGCCACAUUUUUCAGAGGCGGAUUAUAUUAAUGAUACAUCUUCAUCAGCUGAUAUUGACACUCUGUGGAUAGGUUAUGUACCAUUUGGUUCCUUUGAGCAUGUUGCUGAUGAUUGGUCUGGUAUGGAGGGAAGUCUUACAAUCAGUAUAAAAUUAAAAACAGGCCAACUGCCUGUAAGAUGUGGGAUACAUAUAGUGUAUAAAGAAGACUUGGAGUCAAUCCAACAAACUAACACUUCCAUCUCUGAUUACUCGAAGUUGGACUGUGUUUUUCGCGUGGGCCAAAAUUACAUUUAUGAAGACGAGUUUUAGGAGUGCCUGAUACCUUUAAAGUAGUAAUUCACCAGUAUGCUGCAUAAUGUCAAGACCCGUUUGCAGGGUAAGGAUGUUGAUUGGUCACUGGAGCUUCAGUACCACUAAUAGAAGAAAUUCUCACAUGCCUUUAUUUCAGAUUCGAUUUCAAGGCUAUUCAACUAUGAUUGAAUUCAAUGCAUCAAGUUGUUGAAAAAGGAUCAUUUGGAACAGACUCCAAGUAAGGAUUUUUAGCAGUAUCUCGCAACUUGUGUUUUUGUAUUCCACAUGGGAGAAAAGAUUAAAAGUGUAUAUAGUUGGACGCAUUUUCACAGUUGGACCUGCUUUAGAAACUCAUUACAGCAGUUGUGCUAUGUAUGAGUGCUGCAAGAUCUUUUCAAUGAACGAAGUCAUGUUAAAGAGUGCUAGUUCAGUCAUGUGUUCAUAUUCUGUAUAGCAUUUUUGUGAGUGGUAAUCUUGAAUGCAUGUGACUGGCAUGGAAACA